AAGAGUGAAUUUGGAGAAGUGAUCCUACAAGAGAAUUAGAUAUCCCAUCACCAAAAGAAAAUAAUAGCAGAUAUAAACCUAAUGAAUAAAUUAAUACGUUUGACGUGUUCUCUGAUGAGUUCAGAGUCACGAAAGCCCUGUGAAGCCACUUGCUAGAAAAAAAAAGACUCUUUAAAAGUUAUUGUUCCGGGCACCAUAUAUAAAUACAGCCUAAUCUUCUCCAUAGUUGUAAGCUUCAAGUGGGAUGGACAGCUCCUCUUUGUCAUAAUCAUUCGUUCUCAAACCCCUCAAAAGAUUCAAUAUUUCCUUCAUACAAGUGCUCUCCCUUUUUUUUAUGACAAAUAUUUUUUUGCUAGUGUAAAUAGAUAUAGCAGCAGAAAAAUAUUUCAACAUACACCCUUUUGUGGUGCUCAGAACAGGAACACGAAACUGUUCCUUUUGCGUAUACCCAUUCCCUUCGUUUCUUCCCACUACUAGCCUAUUCAUUUCACAUCCAUCAUCACCAUUUCAACCCUGCUUCUGCAACAGUUUACACGUUCUCUUUUGCCCUUUUUCCUCUGCAGAUUUCUCUCUCUUUUUGGGGGUUUCUAACAUAGGCAGCUUGUAAGGGCCACUUUCUUCUACAGGUCGCCGCAUAUUUGACAAUAAAAGGGUUUGAACAUGAACGUCCUUUCAUUGCCUGCCUGCAAACAAGUACCACCCCUAGGGAAUUUCCGAGGGGGGCUCAACGUGGAGUCUUUCUUUCCCAGGAAAGAUAAGGUGGUGUUCGUAAUGGGAGCAACCGGCACUGGCAAGUCCCGCCUGGCAAUCGACCUAGCCACCUGUUUUGAUCCAGCUGAGAUUGUAAAUUCGGACAAAAUGCAAGUUUAUAAAGGCCUUGACAUAGUAACUAACAAAGUCACUGAAGAGGAGUGUCGUGGAGUCCCGCACCAUUUGCUAGGCAUAGUAGACCCAAACUCGAAUUUCACAUCAAUGAAUUUCCGUCACCAUGCAUCAGUCGCUGUUAAAUCCAUAGUCUCCAAAGGCCGCCUCCCGAUCAUCGCCGGCGGCUCCAAUUCGUACAUCGAGGCAUUGGUGAACCAUGAUCCUGAAUUUCAAUUAAGGUACGAGUGUUGCUUCCUGUUUGAUGUGUCAUUGCCCGUGUUACACUCAUUUGUGUCCGAACGGGUUGAUAGGAUGGUGCAAGCAGGCAUGGUUGAUGAGGUUAAACAAAUUUUUGAUCCGAGAGCUGAUUAUUCCCGCGGGAUUAGACGUGCAAUUGGGGUCCCAGAGAUGGACCAAUAUUUCCGUGCUGAAUCAAUUCUUGAUGCCAAAAUUCGAGCGAGGUUGCUUGGACAGCCAUUCAAAAUCAAAGAAAAUACAUCUUUGCUAGCUUGUCGCCAAUUGGAAAAAAUCGACCGCCUUUAUAACCAAUGGAAGUGGAGAAUGCACCGGAUUGAUGCCACCGAAGUAUUCCUAAAGCGUGGCGAGGAGGCUGACAAGGCAUGGCACAGACUCGUGGCGGGACCAAGCACCAUGAUCGUGGACCAAUUCCUGUACGACGAUAAUCGUGUCGCCUCCAUUAUACCCUCCUCCGAUUCCACCGCCUCCACAUCAUCGGUCCCCUUAACCGCCGUAGCGGCGGCGACCCGUUAAAGGUAGGACACACACACGGAAUCUCCCACAUGCAAACGAUGAUUCCACGUGGCAUCAUGCCACAUGGCAGGCUGGCAUCUUACCUCUAUCUCUCUCUCUCUCUAUAUAUAUAUAUAUAUAUAUAUUUUCUAUCUGAAUUUUUGGUUACACAACAAAGAAAAUAAAAAAAAAUUACUGUGUGGAGAUUGGAGAAGUUAUAGUUUUAGAGGUUGCUGUCAGGUCGUUAACUACGUACAUUUGGUGGCCGUACAAAUGGAAGCAUUUUAGAAAUCCGUGCGCACUGUUAUCUCUGAAGUUACCAAAAAUAACCUUUUUAUGCUUGGGUGCGGUGCCCAUGCGUCAAUUCUCGAUGCAGGAGACUCUCCUUCACGGGGUCCGGUGUCAUUUGUUUGUGUAAAAAGUCAAAUAAGCCCAUGGAUCCCAACCCUUUGUGCGCCAGACCAAUAGUGGUAAUUUGGUCCUUACGGUGUGACAUGACCUGUAAUGUACUUUUUUCAGAAAUGAUAUUUACAAAUGGUAUAUGUAUAUAAAGAAAUCAUUGGAAUA